UUUACUGACAGGGCACCACUACCGUUACCCAUAGCAACCCCCCCCCCCCUGCAUUACUGGGGUUCCAAUGUCCCUGGGGGAGACUAGAGAGCCGGUAGGAACCUUUGCAGGGGGGGCGGGUUCCCGGGCGGAAGGGGCGGAAGGGACACCGGAAGUAGCGCGCACGUGUUUAGGCGGCCGGGCUGCGGGAUGGCGGAGUUUGUGCAGCGGCGGAUAGAGGAUCGGAUCCCGGAGUUGGAACAGUUGGAGCGAAUCGGGCUCCUGACUGGGAAGGAAGUGCGGAUAAUCAUUAAGAAAGUCACAUCGCUAGAAUACAAGCUGAAACGGAGGACUGUUGAUAAACAGGAUUUUCUCAGCUACUUGCAGUAUGAAGUGCACCUCCUGGGCUUGAUCAAGAAGAGGAGACAGAGAAUCGGCUAUUACUUUAAGAAGGAGGAGAUAGAGUAUGUCAUCGUACAGCGGAUCCACAAGGCUUUCCAGAGAGCGACCAGCAAGUGGCAGGAAGAUCUGCAGCUCUGGUAUUCCCAUGUGGGUUUCUGUAAGAAGUGGAACUGCAAGCAUCAAAUCAGCAAGAUCUUCUCUGCCCUCCUGGCUGUUCAUUCUGAUAAACCAACCGUAUGGCUAAUGGCAGCCAAGUGGGAAAUGGAAAAUAAUCUGUCAGCGGAAAGUUCCAGGCACAUCUUUCUCCGGGCCCUGCGCUUUCAUACAGAGUCGUCGUUGAUCUACCAGGAGUAUUUCCGCAUGGAGCUGCUGAACGCAGAGAAACAGAGAAAAGAGAGGGAGGAAAUGGAGAAAGCAAAAAUGGAUCUGGGUGAGGCUGGGUAUUUGGAGAGCAUCCUAGUGGGAGAGCUGGCAGGCGUGGUGUACAGGUCUGCAGUACAGGCAAUACAAGGUGCCCAGUUCCACUUGUCUCUUCUUUCCAUUGCUAAGGAGUUUAAUUUUACCAAAGAUCUGCAGAAGGAAAUCCUUUCUGAUCUCCAGAGCCGACAUGCACAGGACCCAUUCACCUGGGACUUCAUGGCCCAACAGGAGCUGGCGAGUGAGCCUCUGCCUUCUGCCGAAUACAGCUCCAAAAAGGCAAAAGCCACAGACAUGUUGAGGAAGGAGGAACGAUGCAGCAAAAUCUAUGAGACUGCCUUGGAGUCUCUCAAUACAGAGCCAAUGUGGAACCUGUAUAUUGUAUCCUGCCGGCAGCGAUACAAAAGGAAGACUAACAGCAAGGAGCUUAAACAGAUGAGACAGGAGCGAUUAUUCCAAGCAUACAGGAAGGCGCAUGAAGCCAAUAUGUUGACUGAAGAGAAGUACAUGGAGUGGAUCUCAGAACUUAUGGCGCUCGGAGAGGUGGACAGUAUUGUGGAGGCUUGUGAAUGGGCCACCAAACGUUACAGCCAAUCUGCAGCCCUGUGGCGGGCGAGGCUUGAGACUCUGCUGAAACUGUGUACAACUGCCGUCGAUGAGGUCUUUGAAGAGGCGUUUAAACAUUUCAAGCUAAAGCAAGCCAUAGUAGUCCCAGACUCCGCAGUAUCCACCACUAUGAAGGAGCAGUACCUGGACUGGGCUUAUAGGAGUAAGGGCUAUAAGAAGGCCAAGAAGGUGUUUACCAGCCUGCACGAGAGUCGCCCAUUGUCGGAGAAGUUUUUCCAAAAGAUGAUCACAAUAGAAAAGGAGCAGGAACACACCAAAAUGCAGAACCUUCGGGAAUACUAUGAACGGGCGCUGAGGGAGUUUGGCACCGUGAGCCCAGAUCUUUGGCUGGAUUACAUUAAGGAGGAGCUCAGUCACAGCGAGGGGAAACCUCAGAACUGCGGCCCUAUCCACUGGAGAGCAAUGAAGAUGCUGGAGGGGAAAGAUGUGGAAUCUUUUGUAUCCAAUUACACACUGCUACAGACAGGGAAAUUGUGAGCGUGGAGGGUGGAACAGAGCCGGCUGUUUGCAAGAAGUUUGUACAAAGUGCUAUAAAUAUAUAAAUACCUUUCAUAUCCAUGUUCUUCUCUGCCUGUGGCGGGGGCAAUAGCUGGGGCCCUUUUUAUGACCAGUGCAAUUAAAUGAACAGUUCCCCUGUGGUUUCUUACCUUGUCCUAUUAAAGGAGACUGCUUCAUGGGCCUGUAAUGGGUUCUUCAAGUACAUACAUAUACAAAUAAAUGACAAGUGCAUUU